UUGCCCAGAUUAAGGCCCAGCUGAAAGAAAUGGAGGUUGAGAAAGAAGAGCUGGAAAUGAAAAUUAGUUCCAUAACAAGUCACCUGACCCAAAAAUCAAAGAAGUCUUUCUUUUACAAGAGCAGAUAUGUAAACAGGGUUUAGAAAACCAGCAGUUGAGGGCAGCCUCCCAUGAAGCCGAGGCCCACGUGGAAAGCCUGCAGCAGGAAUUGGAAAGCAGCCAACUCAAACUUGCUGGCCUGGAACAUCUGCAAGCAUUGCAGCCUGAACUAGGUAAACUGCAAAAGCACCUGCAACAGAAGGAAGAAGAGGUCAGCUACCUGUCUGGACAGCUGAGUGAGAGAGAACAGACCCUCACCAAAGCCCAGGCAGAGAUGAUGGAACAGGAGCAUUCGAUCAGGGCCCUGCACAUACAGCUGGAGAUGCAGGCUAAGGAGCAUGAGGAGAGGCUGAAGCAGGUACAGGUGGAACUUCGUGAGCUGAAGCAGAGGUCAGAAGAGGGCGAGGAAGAAGCUAAGGCAAAGCAGCAGAUGAAGAGGACACUGCAGGCGGCUCUCAUCUCCCGAAAGAAUCUGCAAGGGGAAUUGUCUUCAGCUAGAGAUGCCGUGGCACACCUAACCAAGUCUCUCGCAGAUGUGGAAACCCAGGUUUCUGUCCAAAACGAAGAGAAAGACGCAGUCCUGGGAAAGUUAGCCCUUCUUCAGAAAGAAAGAGACAACCUCAUUGCCGACAUGGACAAAUCUUUACUAGAAAACCAGAGCAGUACAUUAUGGCCAUUGCAGACAAAGUUCAGCAGCUCGGGCAUCUGCAGAGUCUCCUGAGGUCUUUCUCCCAAACCCAGAGUCUCUCCGCACAGUACCAGAGACAGAAUUCGUUUCCUAUUGUGGCUGAAACACUUAGGGAUUUUUCCCUUUGAAGAAGCAGACCCCGGUAGGACUCUAAGGUAGGUUCUGUGCUGCAAACCAGGUAGGUCCUGCAAGUUCAGGCCAGGUGCCUAAGCACCGCCUCCUGUGAUGUGGUCCUGGGGUGGCACUUGUCCUCUCCCCUGAUGCAGCUCUCUCAGCUGCUGGAGGAGAAGACGACCCUGUCCAUCCAGCUCAGCGACACCAGCCAGAGUCUCCACGAGAGCCAGCAAGACUCCAGCGACCUCUUCAAGCACUGUGCUGUGCUGGAGAAGCAGGGGCCACCAAAUGUAGCUAUUCCAGGAGCGCCCCAGGAAAUGAAUCCAAAGAAAGAGAGGAAUCCGGAGACCACAGGGGAGCCACAGCCAAGAUUGUCUGAAGCCCAGCAGCAGCUCGGCACCACUGACCAAGAAAUGAGUGCGUUAAGGAAUCUGCUGAAAGAAGAGCAAGAGCAAAGACUGGCCAUUGAGAACGCACUCUCCUUGGCCGAGGAGCAGAUCAGACGGCUGGGGCAGAGUCAACGGGUUCUGGCCCGGACUCCUACCACUGGUGCCUGUGGCUCUCAGGAGACAUCAGUGCGGAUAGACAUCCCGGCCAGCAGCUGCCCAAGGGUAAGAGGAAAGGACGCAGGGAGAGCUUUGCUGUGGGAAUGGGCUGAGGUACAAAGAUGGGCAGUGUUAUUGGUGUUCAGUCACUGAGGAAACUUUCUCCCGAGCUGCCCCUCUGCUGUGAGGAUGGGAUCAGUUGACUGAGAUGCAGAAUUACUGGUGAAGAGAAAGCCUUCACAUGGAGCUGACUUCCUCGUUUUAUUGCUGUUGUUGUUGUUGUUGUUGUUUUGUUUGUUUCAGACCCGGAGUGGCGCUGGAGGGAAGCGGGUUCUGCGUUCACUCUGCCGUUCCCGGUCCAGAGUGCCACUACUGGCAACCAUAUACUUCCUGACAAUUCAUGUCCUCCUCAUCCUGUGUUUCACAGGUCAUCUAUAAAGUUCUCCUUCUACCACAGCUCUCAGAACUUGUCAUUCCUUCAUCUCUAAUGUCAGAAUUGUAGUUUUUAGAACAGCCUUCCCACCUCCAACCCUUCCAUUUCUCCUCGGAAAGUUCCCAUAACAACAGAGGUGGCUGUGAGGACAGGUUAGAAGGCAAGGCCUGGUGUAUCCUGUUUUCUGGAUGUUCCUCCACUGGAGCAGGGGAGGGGGUCCCCUGAAGUCACUCGGGAGCUGGAGCAUCACAACUUCUAGCCUCAAGAACCUCUGAGCUACUGGUUGUAAGUUAUUCUGUCUUCAAUGCCAUUGUCACCCGGCUCUGCGAACAGGGCUGAGGCAAUGGGAAGAGAAGACAAAGCACCUGAUCCAGACCUGAGUGCAGUGGUCACGAGUGACACCACUGUGCCUGUGUCCCACUUGCUAGCCGCCGGCUUUCUCAUUGCCGACAUCAUGUCUUCCCUUCUGUGCUCAUCCCCUGAAGAGAGAGGACUGAGGGCUCACCGAUCAGCUCUAUGUUCUAUGGUGAUUCCAUUUUAGUCACAACCUCCCAAGGACUUUCCUGAACUAUUGUAAAAUAAUGUGUCAUUUUCAGAAUGAAGAUUUGUGUGAGACUGUCUGUCGGCACAGUUGUUACGUCCCUGUGUCUGCACUCUGGAGAGUGGAGGAGGGAUAGUUCCCGGAAUAAUAAAGUCCUGAAAAUCCUCCCUUCUCACUGACCAGCCUCAGAGGGCUGUGAGCAUCCUUCUAGCCUCAGCUGCUGGAGCCAAAGGAGACGAGGUGGGAGGAAGAAAUCCAUCCCGAGAUUGAGUUAAAGGAGCAGAGUUGCCGGGGUGAAGUCCCUGAAGCCUUGUGUAUUGUUCUGAGAGAGUACUGGGAAAUGUUAGGCACUUGCCUGUAACUCCAGCACUCAGAAGGCUGAGACAGGAGAUUAUAAGUCCGGGGUCAGUCUUGUCUGUAUAGUAAGGUAAAGACAGCCUGUGCUACAUAGCGAGACUCUGUCUCGGGAGAAAACAGCACAACAGCAAAGUCCGUUCCCUAGGACACGCAGUGCAGGAGUUUCGUAGCUCAUACAGGUCAGGUGGGUAUAAUUACGUUUUUGUAUGAAGUUGCUGCUUGGGAAAAGCUGACCGGCUAUCUCAUUGUACAAGUGGAUUUCAAAUCCAAUCCCUUUUGUUUCAAAGCUAUUCCUGCAUGUUACACGCCACUCAAGGGACGAACGUGGGAUAUCUGUAAAGGGGAAAUGAGUUUUCUCGGUCUCAUCUCUCAAGUCCUAUGGUUUCUCCAGAGAACUGCAUUGCCAUAUGAUGUGUUUGCUCUGAUACUUCUAAUUCUGACAUUGGAUUAGAAUUCCAGGUUAGCUAGAAGAUUUCCCCUGUCUACAUUGUCUCUACUUUAAAACAACUUUAACAGAACAAAUAAAAUGUCCCAAGUCUAGUGUCCAUUUGGAAGUGACCUUAGAAGCUUUCUGUUCUCCUGAAGAAACGCUCUGUUCUCCUGCAGAAACUCUCUGUUCUUCUGUUGAAAUGCUCUCUUCAGUCCAAGACUGGAGAAAACAGUCUGGGACCCUUUCUGGAUUCAUUAUCUCUAGGGCAAUCAGGUCACAAUUCCACAACCCAUCAAGGUCAUAAGAACCUGGGUCAGAUUCAAUAACAAACUCUUAGGAUGAUUUUGGGACUUCUUUGCAACCUCUUUGUCACUGAGGGCCCCAGGCUGCCAGAGGAGUCCCCCUGGGGGAUUCUUUGUAAAGCAGCCACGGUAAAGGCCUCCAAACUCUCAGUGGCCUUCCCCUCAGAAAGGGUCUAUUUUAUUGGCCCAAACAAGUCACCUGAGCAUGUCUGACUUGAGGAUAGAAGGGAAGGGCCACAGAUCUUUUUUCUUCCUUUCAAAUAAAAUUUAUAUAUUAAGACAUUGCUGCUAACUUUAAGCAUGGAUCCCACAAGUCAUUAUCCAUAUAUCAUCACACACUGGGAAAUUUCUGGGAAGAUGGACUGAGGUGGGUUCAACUGGAUUUCUGAAAAACAUCUUUAGACAUCUGAGUCAUGGUGCAACCUAUACAACAGGGCCUUGCCUCGCUCAUUCCCCAAGGCAAAGUAUCCACC